AUGUACUUCGUCAAGCUGUUGGCGACUUUGCUGGUCUCAUGCAACCUCCUUCCAUCCGUCACAGCUAUCCCAUGGAUUUCCACUGAGCCAGGAAAGCCGGAUCGCGAUGCACAUCCAUCUUUAGCAAGAAUAAGCCCGUCCGACCUCUUGCAAGCGGGCGCAACGCGCUCUGCACUCUACCAGGCAGCCUUGACCGAGCUUCAGGAACUCGAAGCAGAGCCGCUAUGCCACCGCGUUGCCGCGCGGCUACUCGUCAACAACUGCCAGAUUCUCGAGGGAAAAGACGAUGCCACAGUCUUGACAGACAGCGGACGCCGGGCGCGCGACUUUGUGGACUCGUACGCGGCCAGCCUCGCCAUCUGUGACCUGGAGCGGGCCAGCUUCAGCAUCCCGCCGGCGUGUGAGCCGUUCCGCGAGCCCACGCUGAGCCGAACGCCGCUGAGCGAUACAGCGCAACUGCAUGUACCCGAAGCGCAAAUUCGGGCGUGUCUGGCUGGACUGGGUGAGUCGCCGUCGGCAUGGAACACGUGGGUCAGCUACAGUCACAAGGCCGUUCGGUUUUGUGAGGCCGCCCGAGCAGACCACGAGAAGACGCAAAAUAUCCUCGUCUUCCAGAAGCUUACGCGUGUCAUGGCCAAGCUGACCGACGACGUCGAGGCCGAGCUGCAGAGGCGCACAGAGGUUUGCGACGCGGUAGCUCGGGGUGCGGCAGAUCGGCUUGGCCACAUCGUACCCGUGGCAGACGCCCUCUUGGACAAAAUGGUAGUCAUCGAGUCCCUCUUGCACAAUGAUCUCAUGUCUUCGGUGCGCGAGACUGCCACGCUGGUGGAGGACGGUUCGCAGUCAGCCCGGACACUACAGCAGGUGCUGCGCAUUCUCGUAAAGACAGUGCUUGAGAGCAACUCGGAGUUGGCCUUUGAGCACGAGCGGUCGAUCGCAAGGGCCAAUCAGGUGACACAAGGUGAGAUGGAUGCGAUCAAUGCUGCAAUGCAGGGAGUCUAUGCGUCCGCAUUGUCGUUACAACGAGAAAUUGGCAUGUUGCAGCUCGAGGGCAUGACGCAAGCGUUCUUUUCCGACUUUGACGCCCACAGCCGCCUGCUGGUCCAGGCGAAGAAUAUGACAAACGACAUGUUGGACACAUUGGAGGCUACUGCGGCGGCCACUUGGACCAUCCAAAACUCGUUUCGCGGGUACGGCGAGCUGGGCGGCUGGUGGCCGUUCAUUGUAUGCCCUGCCGUCUCUCUCAUCAUGGGAUCGUAUGGCCUGCCGCCGUCUAUUUUGCGGAACAUUGGCCUGUUUACAUUGGGCGAGCUGGCUGGCGCAGUGAUCUCAUGUCACAACCGCAUCCACAACCACCUCGGAACGGUGGCAGGAGUUUUAUUUACGUUUGCGGGAAUGGUGAGCAAUACAACGGGUACAGUGAUCUGA